UGGGAAGAGGCGGCCAGAAGUUCAGAAUCGGUGCAGGAGAUCACAUCGCCGGAAUGAAUCGCGGUCACCUGGUACUUUUAGUGGUUUGUGCCGCUGGCAUUUCCCUGGCAAUGGGCUUUCCACAGAAAGAAUUGAUCAGGCCGGAUAGUGACGAGUCGGAUGUGAGUGGCAUUGGUUUCGUGACCCUGGAUGGAACCGCCAGCGAUGAGAGUGACGAAAGUGACCAGGGCAAUGAGUCCGAUGAUUUGAUAUUCCUGAGUCGCAAGAAGCCGACUCCUGCCAAUAAUUCCCUCGAUCUGAGCGCCUUUGUGGCCCUGAUUCCCCUGCAAGAAGUUCAGUCCAUAGCUGCGCAGUAUUAUCACCACGAUGCGGAGUUCCAAAGAGCCUAUGCCUUCCUGGCCAGCAGCGAUUUUGCGGACAUAAAGCGCAAGAUCCUUCAGCUGCCGGAAGUCUUGGAGUUUACCAAUUAUCUGGGUGCCCAGGGUUUGGAUGUGAUCAAGGUGAUGCAUGCGGUGGCGGGGGUGUUUAAACCCUCCAUUCUGGGCUCGACUGACGUCAACGAAGCAUCCAAAGCCGCAACCACCGAGGAUGGCAGCUCCUCCGACGGGGAGAAGCAGAGUGGCCUGCACGGAAUGGUGGAGAGGGUCCUGGAGAUCCUGCCGCAGGACCAACUGUAUGCCCUAUUUUUCGACGAGUUCGAGAGCAACAAACAGUUCGCAGCAUUUGUCGACAGCAUUAGCAGUCCAAAGUUUGCCAAAAUUCUGAGCGGUCUGCAGAACUCAUUGCCGCUGCGAAAUUUCCUAUUUGUCCUGCACAACAACAGCAUUUACGUGGAGCGGAUUGUGGAGUCUGUAAAAUCAUAUUUAUCCAUCUCCAGCUUUUAAUUUGCUUAAGUCUUGGGGAUUUUUAAAAGCUCGCCGGCAUGUUAAAUGUGGCAGUUAAACGGGGCAGCAGUGAGGUGGAGUAAACAAACUUACUGAUUUAUCAAUAUAAAAUGAAUUACUUAAAUUAUUUGGGUCCGAUUUCUCAAUGUCGGGUUAAGGUUUUCGUUUGUUAACUAACAGGAAGUUAAAAUUGACGAAAAAUUAAAAAUAGCCUAAGUUCCUUACAAAGGCUGCUUUCACUGAUAACUUAACUUAUUAUUGGUAACUUCGGUCUGAUAAAAAUUUAACUUAAUGAUAAAAGUUAGCAUGACAUUGAGAAAUUGGUACUAGUUAAUUACUCAACUUCAUUCAAUUUCCAAUUUAAUUUCAUAAUAUCACCCAUAGCUUCAACAGCAACCUUUAAAAGUUUUUCCAAAAAUGUGUCUUAUCUAUUAACCCAACUUAUAUAUUUAUAAUUUGCUAACUUUCAUAUCUCUGAGUGUCCUGUUUAACCGCCACUUCUUGCCUACCACGAGCAUAUGAGAAUGGGCCCCCCACUUAGUGUGUAAUAAACGGAAAUCCUUUAAA